GAAUCGUCAUCUCCGUUAUAUAUGUUCAGUCAAAUAGAAUAGAAUAGAAGCGGAAAAGGGGUGAAUGAAGAUGACGGCUAACAAUGAAGAAGAAGAAGAGUCUCUGAUGGCCUUACUCGACCAUCUCCGAACCCGAGUGGCCUACUACAAGUCCAAGCUUGAUAAAUCUGAGAAGAAGUUGGAGGAGACGCGAACUAAGUUGGCCCACAUUCGAAGUUCUAAAGCCCCCCGUGUUUUAGCAAUCGAGAGUGGCGAAGAAGAAGAAGGCUGUGAUUUUCAGCCCAAACCACACUACCAAGAAGAAGAAGAAGAAGAAGAAGAAGAUUGUAAAAUUAUUAACACGAAGCGGAAACCACUGCUUGUUAUCCCCGCCGUAUCUCCCUUUCCUGCGAAGAAGAAGAAGAUCCAGAAAACUGAGUGGUCAGAGAGUGGUGAUUUUAGGUUGAUUGAGAUGGUAUCUAGCUCUUCCUCACCUUGUAAGGUUAGUUGUGAAACAUCCACCACAAUGCUUAAUAGUCAGCACAAGAGAAAGCUCAGAACUCUUGUUCUCAGUCCCACUAAUCAUCACCAAUUUCUCACCAGUGCUUUGGAUGGUUUUGUAAAUGUGUGGCAAAUCCAGGACAGAGGGUCACAUGCUACUCUUGUUAGUUCGAUCAACGCUUUAUCCCCUAAACAAAGGAGAUGGCCCGAAGAUAUCGCUUGGCAUCCAAAUGGAGGCAGCCUUGUAUCUGUCUACAACGCUGACAGUGGGGACUCUCAGCUAGCAAUCUUAAACCUUAACGAUAAGGAAAAACAAGUAGUUUUCUUGGAAGAUAAACCGCAUGUGAAGGGUGUGAUCAACAAUGUAAUGUUCAUGCCAUGGGCUGCGGAUGAUUGUUUCGCUACUUGUGGAAAUGAUCAUGCUGUUGUUCUUUGGACUGCGAAACGUACCCUGUGGAAACCGCAAGUGCUGCACACAAAUUUGCAUUCUUCGGCUGUGAUGGGAGUAGCGGGUAUGCAACAAAAACGUAUGGUGAUUUCUGUUGGUGCUGAUAAGAAGAUCAUUGGGUUCGAUUUACAGUCUGAGAUAGCUGAUUAUAACCAUCGGCUUGAAAGCAAGUGCAUGAGUGUUGUACCAAACCCUCGUGACUUGAAUCUUUUUAUGGUUCAGACCGGUGCUCCACAAAGGCAGCUACGACUGUUUGACAUGAGGCUGAAGGUGUCGCAAAUGCAUGAAUUUGGGUGGAAUCAAGAAAGCAGCACAUCGCAAUCGGCGUUGAUAAAUCAAGCUUGGUCUCCCGAUGGUUUGUACAUUACAUCUGGUUCUGCAGACCCAGUGAUCCACAUUUUCGACAUCAGAUACAAUGGUAGUUAACCCUCGCGGUCCAUUAAAGCUCACCAAAAACGUGUUUUCAAAGCUGCUUGGCACCAGUCCUUACCUCUCCUCAUUUCCAUAUCAUCGGAUCUCAAUAUCGGAUUUCACACCAUCACCUGAUAACCAAAACAUGCGGGUAGCGUUUGGUUGGGACAUUUUGGAUGCAUAAACAUGUUUAGGUUUUUGUACAUGACAUGGUAGUUGCAUCCAUAUUUUGAAUUUGAUAUGCAGUUGGUAAUUGUAGAUGCAUAUAUGUACUUUCGUGAGUGGGCAAAAAAACGGUUAUAACUCGAACCGAAACCAAAAAACUCACCCGUUUGGGUGGAACCAAUUUUGGAACUUCUAGGUUUGAGACUA